CCCCCAUUCACAUCUAUAGCAGCCAGUCCCUUGUGCGCUCACGUCUUCCUUGGCCCUUGAGACUACCGAUCUUACCGCUGCGACGCCAGAAACUAGGAGCGAGAAACUGGGUCGCUGGAAACUAUUCUGCAGAACUAUUUUGCGAGGAAAUACGUCGCGAGCAAGUAUUUCGCCAGACGUUAGUCCAAGUGGAACCAGCUCGCCAGCUCGCGAGAUAUCAAACAGUUCCCAAGUCAGUUUUUCCUCACAGACUAGUCCAGGAGAUCAGUCGUCCAAUAGAAUCCCGUUCUCCGAAAACUAGUUAGUCCAAGCGGAACCAGCUCGCUAGUUGCGAGGAACUACUUAGCGAGUAACUGUUCGUCAGGAGUUAGUCCAAGCGGAGCAAGCUCGCUUUUCUCGCAGAUUAGCCCAGCAUGGAUCGCGAAUGGGGGAGCAAGCCCGGCAGCGGCGGCGCGGCCUCGGCGCAGAGCGAGGCGAUCGACCGGCGGGAGCGGCUGCGACGACUGGCGCUGGAAACGAUUGACCUCGCGAAAGACCCCUACUUCAUGCGCAACCACCUCGGCAGUUACGAGUGCAAGCUCUGUCUGACGCUCCACAACAACGAGGGCAACUAUCUCGCGCACACGCAGGGCAAGCGCCACCAGCAGAACCUGGCCAAGCGCGCAGCCAAGGAGGCGCAGGACGCGCCUGCUUUGCCACAGCCAGCUCGGCCCAGGGUCAACCCCCGGAAGACAGUGAAGAUUGGUCGACCUGGUUACCGUGUAACCAAGCAGUUUGAUCCCGAGACGCACCAGCGGUCUCUACUUUUCCAGAUCGAGUACCCCGAGAUAGAGGAUGGGGUCAAGCCACGCCACCGAUUUAUGUCCUCCUAUGAGCAGCGAGUGGAGUCGUGGGAUAAGAACUUCCAGUACCUUCUCUUUGCAGCAGAGCCUUACGAAAUCAUCUCUUUUAAGAUCCCCAGCACAGAGAUUGACAAGACUCCCUCCAAGUUCUUUUCGCACUGGAAUCCAGACACCAAGACGUUCACACUGCAGCUUUACUUCAAGCCCCGACCAGUCGCCCCAACCAACCCCAACGCACAUCUCCUCCCCUCCUCCAUGCCCCCCCACCCCCACCCCCCUCCCCCUCCUCUCUCCUCCCGCCCCCCUCCCCCCACCGGCCCCUCCCCCGCCCCCUCCGCCCUCCUACCCUUCCUCCAUGCCCCCUCCCCCUCCCCCCUCCUCCAUGCCCCCGCCUCCCCCCCCAAGCGGGUAUGCUCCCCCUCCCCCUCCCCCGCAAGGGGGCCAGUAUGGGGGGGGAGGCGGGUACAUGCCUCCCCCUCCUCCGCCACAGCAGCAGGGGGGGUAUGGGAGUGUGUAUGGGGGGUAUCCCCCUAGCAACCAGCCACAACCACAUGGGGGGGGGCCAGGAGGGGCAGGGGGAGGAGCAGCAAGACCACCACCACCACCACUGCAGCAGCAGCAAGGGGGGGUGUACUCUGCUGUUCCUCCUCCCCCCCCUGCUGGGCCUGGUGGUUACCAGCCGCCACCACCACCGCGGCCACAAUAGAAGUGCUUUGUGGGAGUGGAAGGGGAGGGGGAGUGGAGGGGAGGAAGUUGGAGUAGGGGGAGCAGGGGCAGCAGGGGGCAGGGAGGGCAGGGUGGGGGAGGGAGUAGGAGCACCAGCAUUAAGCAAGUGCUCCACAUCAGCUCAGUAGCAGCAGUAGCAGCGAGGAAUGUAUUGCACGGUUCCUCUAUCAAUGGGCCAGAAAGUUAUGUGCUUUUCAUGGAAUUUAUCGACAUAGAUUGGAAUUACAUAAUGACCAUCAACUCUAACGAUUUUGUUCCCUUUUCCUAAGUGAUUAUUGGAAACUCCUGUCAU